UGUCGUAUUUAAUACAUGUGCGGUGUAUAUUUCACCAAGCUCUUUAGAUCGCCUUCAAAGGACUAGAAGAGAUGAAAUGAUGAGAUUCUUGUAACUUGUGGAUGACCCCUCCUUGACAAAGACGGUCCCCAUCAAUUGUCCUGUGUCUUUAUCCCUCUCUUUUUGUGUCAGGGGACGGUUUGUAUCUUUUGUUUAUUUUGUUUUUGUCAAACAGCUGGGGCAUUAAUUUGAUUUACUACAAUAAACUUCCAUUAAACAUUAGUGAAACUAAGCUCAAAACGUAUAAUGUUAUUUUAGCCUAUUUUAUAAAAAAAAUAAAAAUAAAAAAAGAGAGACAGUCAUUAAGCUGCAGUUGUGUCGCUGAUUGUGCAGGUAUUAUAAUUAUUACUUGAUUAUUAUUUUAUGUGUUCGAUUAUCACUGCAGUCUUGGAUAAAUGUACCGUUUUACUUCUCAUAAUUUAAAUAUUUUGCGAAGUUUGUGAAAAUUGCUGCUAGGUGUAUACUUACCCGUUAAUAGACUGCCUUUACCUCGAUUGGCUAAUCCGGUCACAUGGGUGCCUAACUUUAUUCAGUUGACAGCAAGUAGGAGGGCUUUAUGGAGGGAGAAAAAAGACAACUCGAGAAAAAUUAGUAUUUUCUACCUUCAGAAAUUAAUGGCCAUGAGUUCGUAUAUUGUGAACUCCAAAUAUGUGGAUCCAAAAUUUCCUCCUUGUGAGGAAUAUUCGCAAACAAGCUAUAUACCUGACCAGGGUACAGAGUAUUACAGUCCAUCGCAGGACACUGAUUUCCAGCAUCCAGGAAUCUAUUCACGGUCAAACUACACCGAGCAGACCUUCAACUGUAACACUGUGCAGGGCUCCACAGUGCAGCCGCGGGGUCAUGUGCAGGAGCAAACCAGCCAACUUAGCCCCUUCACCGCUCAAACCGAGCCGUGCCCACCGGUCCAAAUGUCUGCCCCGCGGACAUGCGGACAGCAACAAAACACUAAAAGCCAAAACGGGAUACAAGCCAAACAGCCUGCCAUAGUCUAUCCCUGGAUGAAGAAAGUCCACGUUACCACGGUGAACACGGAUUACACCGGAUCAGAGCCCAAACGAUCACGGACAGCUUAUACAAGGCAGCAGGUUUUAGAACUGGAGAAAGAAUUUCAUUUUAACAGGUAUCUUACAAGGCGGCGUCGCAUUGAGAUCGCCCAUACCCUUUGCCUCUCCGAGCGCCAAAUCAAAAUCUGGUUUCAGAACAGAAGAAUGAAAUGGAAGAAAGAUCAUAAACUCCCAAACACAAAGGGCAGAUCCUCCUCGACUUCCAGCCAACAUUUACAAAGUGCUCAGAAGGACAACCAGACUGAUAUCACAACUUUAUAAGAAAGAAAUUGGGGAGCCCAUUCUCUUGCAAGUGUACAGUGGUAGGCUAUACAAAAGACGUUGCUUCUUCAGACUCUGCAUGGUUGCCAAACGUGACAUUUUUGGUCAUUGCCAGUUAAGGUAGAACAGACGCAAAGAUGAUAAACUACAGUCUCCAGGAGCUGCGGUUUGUGGACUCUACACAGAGUUACUAUCACGUCGACCAUUGUAACUGUUAGAUGGCACGGAGGAUAGGAGUACACCAUCACUUGCUUCUAGCAACAAGGUAUAGUAGAUCACUAGAAAAAAACGUACAAAAUCAGACUUUUUGAAAUUAAAGGACUGGUACAUUCUUGUGGUAAUAUUGUUCAAUCUAAUAUUCUAUGUGUAUUGUAGUCAACUACUUCCCCCACGUGCAUUUAAGCAGGUUUGAGAAUAUGACCUGUCAUUUUCUGUUGUUAUUUAAAGGUGAAAACAAAAAUAUAUGUGAAGCUUUUUGUGAAUAUGAAAUGGCUAAUGUUACAUGAUCAAAUCGAAGUUUUUUUAAAGGAUUGGGUGCAUAUAAUUUUAAAUAAUAAAAUCAGUUAUUGCUUACAAA